AUGGCAAAAUUUGUUCUUGCAGGGAAGGCAGAUUGCCCCCACUAUGCCAAGGCUGAACAUCUAGCUGACAUGCUGCAAAGGAGCUUACCAGAUUUCCGAAUUCACAAGAUCUGCGUGCAUCCAAAUGACUGGGAGAGGUGGCUCAAAGACACUUGCUCAGCCAAUGGCUGGAGACACAAACGCUCUCCCAUAGUGUGGAGAGAACUGGUUGACCGUGGAGGUAAAGGCAUGCUACUGGGAGGCUUCAGUGAUUUUCUGGAGCAUGCACAGGGUUACUAUGGCAUCACUCUGGAUAUGCAGACAGAGAUGAUGUUAAAGAUUGCAGGAGAGAAUUUAAAGGCCAAGGAGCAGUGUAUGGAGGAGGAGAUCCACCUUCGUGACAGACUAAAGCCACUGCACAUCUGGAUCAGCAGUGCUCUAAAUCCCACCUGCUAUAAUCUGAUUCCCCUGCUGUUCUCCACGGGCCUGUUCAAACAGCACCCCACAGUCUGUCUCCAUCUGCUGGAUCUAGACGGGUGCCAGCAAUCUCUACAUGGACUCCAAAUGGAAACAGAGGAUUUGGCCCUGCCUCAGCUCCACAACAUCACCUACCACUCCACCACGGACGAAGCUUUCAGUUAUGCACAUCUCAUCGUUUUCCUGGACGACUGGCAGACGAGAUCGAAAACAGAGGACGAGCGAGGGGACGAGCGAGAAGAGGAUAAGAGAAGCGUGGUGCGGGGCAUCGUUGAACGUUUUCGACAUUAUGGUCAGCUUCUUGAGGAGAACGCGAGCAAGGACGUCAGAGUCGUUGUGGCAGGAGACUCCUUCAUUAACUUGAAGUGCUCGCUACUGAUCGAAAAUGCGCCAUCUGUCGAUCCCCGUCGCUUUGUCGCCAUGGCAACACAGCUGGAGUGCGAGGCGAGGACUCUGAUUGCUCAGAAGCUGUGUGUAAAGACUACAGACGUGGCUGAUGUGAUCGUGUGGGGCAACAUCAGUGGCAGUUUCCACAUUGACCUACAGAGGGCUACAGUAUUUAGAUAUGAGGGUGCCAUCUGGGGACCAGCAGGUUUUUCCCAGCCUGUAUUGCACAUGUUGUACGACAGGAAAUGGCUGGACUCAGACUUCCUGAACCUUAUUAGCUCACGACGAGGAACAGUGGCAUCCAAGUCCAACAGGAGUGCUGCCAUUUCUGCAACCAAUGGCAUCAUUGCAGUUCUGAGGGCCUGGAACAAUGACUCCAACCACAAGAAGAUCCUCUCUCUGGGUGUGCUGAGUACAGGGCAGUUUGACAUUCCAGCUGGUCUGGUUUUCUCCAUGCCGGUGAUCCUCCAGGCUGGAGAAUGGUCAGUGUGUUCGGAUGUUGUCAUCAGUAAAGAGCUGAGGAAAAGACUGGAGGCUUCCAUCGAACAGCUCAGAGAGGUGGGUCAUCGAAAGCUUACCUUACCUAUAUAG